CCUCUUUCUUUCUCUAGAAUUCCCCAUCUCUCUCUAUGUCUCUCCCCCUUUUUCCAGUCUCUCACUUUCAAUAUCUGUAGCCUGAGAAGGUCUUCGUAAAAGAAAAUGGAGGCAGCGAUGGGAUUGAUGAGAAGGAUGCCACCAAAGCACGCAGAGACGGCUCUCUCUGCUCUGCUAAGUGUAUUGCCUGAGCACUCUUCUGAUCUCCUCUCUCAAGUCGAUCAGCCUCUUCAGGUUCUAUGUGAUGUGAACUGUGGGAAGGAAUUCAUAUUGUGUGAAUACAACAGAGAUGCUGACUCUUAUAGAUCACCCUGGUCAAAUAAAUAUCAUCCAACAUUGGAAGACGGUCCUCACCCAUCUCAAGAGCUGAGGAAACUUGAGAUUGAAGCAAAUGAUGUCUUUGCAAUUUAUUGUGACCAGUAUUAUGAAGGUGGCAUUUCAUCAGUAUAUAUGUGGGAUGACGAGAAUGAAGGCUUUGCAGCUUGUUUUCUAAUAAAGAAAGAUGGCUCGAAGUCAGGACAUGGCAGAAGAGGCCAUCUGCAGGAGGGAGCAUGGGAUGCUAUACAUGUUAUUGAGGUGGGGCCAGAGGAGGAAGGAACAGCCCAUUACUGUUUAACGAGUACCGUGAUGCUGUCAUUGACUACAAACAAUGAAUCAUCAGGAACCUUUAAUUUGUCAGGAUCAAUUAGAAGACAGAUGGACAUGGACUUCUCAGUUGCAGAGGGUCAUCUAUGUAACAUGGGAAGAAUGAUCGAAGAAAUAGAGGGCAAGCUGAGGAACUCACUGGAGCAGGUUUAUUUUGGGAAGACAAAGGAAAUGGUUUGCACUUUGCGUCCACCCUCUGAACUGGCUCAAAUGAGGCUGCCCGACAGCCGUGAUGCGUGAUCUUCUUCAGCUUCUGCAACAAAGUUCAAUACAACUGAUUUUUUCUUCUCAUCUUUGCCAACAUUCUGUGGGACUGUGGUUUGAUAGCAAAUGCAUUUAUGUUUCCAUUUUUUGCACUAUCGUCCACUAUUAGAGACUGCAAAAUUUUGAAUUCCCUUUGUAAAUUUGCAUUUUGCUGCAGCACUGGCUAAUAGCUUUUUC